AUGCGUGCCCUGAUCGUCUCGGAUAUCCACGCCAACCUGCAGGCAUUCGACGCGGUGCUGGCCGAUGCGGAAUAUGCCGGCGGAUACGACGUGGUGUGGUUCCUGGGUGACCUGGUGGGCUACGGAUCAGAGCCUGGCGCAUGCAUUGAUCGCCUGCGGAGACUGCCCCAUAUCGCCGUGGCCGGCAACCAUGACCACGCCGUAACGGGCAAACUGAACCCCGACCGGUUCAACGGCGCGGCUCGCGCCGCGGCGCUGUGGACGGCCCAACAACUUGCCGACGACGAAAUGGAGUACCUGACCGCGCUGCCCGAGGUGCGGCCGGAGGGAGAGUUCACCCACGUCCACGGCAGUUUGCGUGACCCCGUCAUGGAAUAUCUCAUCAGCGAGCCGGCGGCCCUGGCCACUUUUGCCCUGAUGGAAACGCCCUUUUGCCUGGUUGGACACUCCCACUACCCGUUGGUCUGGACGGAAGACACCGGCCAAGCCAACGUCGAACUGCUGGACCCGUCCGCCCCGCUGUGCCUGCGAACCGAGCAGCGGAUGAUCAUCAACCCGGGAAGCGUGGGCCAACCCCGGGACGGAGACUGGCGAGCGUCCUACCUGGUCUACGACAGUGACUUGGGAGGCGCCGCCGGCGUUUUGCAUCACCGCCGCGUCGAAUACGACCUGGCCGGAGCGCAGAACGGGAUACUGACCGCGGGUCUUCCGGAGUCGCUGGCGAUCCGCCUGGCAAGCGGACACUAG